AUGCCAGAGCUUCCAUACCAUUUACACACUCCUUCUGCGUCUUUGAAGAUGGGAGAUUUACACAUUCCCCAUCAAUACACUUUAUUCUUGUUACUCACCGCUUGUCUGGUGUCUCUCAUCGUCCUCGGCCAAAUUCUCACGACAUAUACGUCUGCAUACCUUGUCGCGCCGUCGGAAAUCAUUACUUUCAUAGACGCAGUCGACUUCUCAAUUCAAGAAAACGAAUCUUACGAUCGCGAUGUUGCGAAGGUGCCGAGGUUGGAGGACAAGCUUCGCAUGGGGAAGUUGUUGAGAGAGAUCCAGAAAUGCGGCGAUGAUUUGCGGGAGGACCUGAACAGAUUGUUAGCGGAUGAAGGGGGAACGAGAUUGCGUUCGAGCACGCGUCUUUUGUGGGCUGCGAAGCGUGGACGCUUGGAGGAGCGGAUGAGGAGACUGGAUCUAUUAAGAAUGCGAUUUCUGGUCGUUUACAUGGGCUUAAUCGCAGCAAAGAGCACGGAACAUCAAGGGAAAGAGUUGACGAAACAAACCCUUUUCGACAGGCCUAAGAUGAGCGUCAGACCUGGCCUACCACAUUCGUUGACAGAAGGCAUUUCAAGGAAGCCGCCGUUGAGGCGGUUGACGACACAAGCGAUGGGCCACAAUGACCAUGUUGGAGAGAAACCGAAAAUGGGCUGGAUGGGAGUUGUUGCUGAAUUACAGAAUUCUCCUCUGAUGCACAAAAGACACGCAUCAAUUGAGAGUGCAAUGACCAGUCCAAGGAGCCCGAAGUCGUGA